CGCACGCGCACACACACACACACACACACACACUCUGCUCAGCCAGGCAGUGUAGAGCGUCAGACGGAGAGGGAGCGAGGCAGCAGCAGCAGCGUGAGGAGAAACCAGAGCCGCCGAAACACCAGCAGCCUGCAGGAGCCGCCGAGGUAGCCUGCCAGUCCUCAAUCAGGGUUUACAGCGAAGCCCAGAUCCUCAGUCUGAGAGCCGGAUCGUCUCCUGGUGGAAAAAGUCUUCCAGUUUAUCCCCCAGAGCAUCUUCAUGGACUGAGACCUGCUCCUCCAGCUGCUGCCAAUGCCGGGUUUCAGACUGUUAGAUCAAACCAGACAUCUGGAGGGUCUGCAGACAGCAGGAUUGCACACAGUCUCACAAUUUGUUUCUCGCAAAGGGAGAAGUUCAGUUUCUGGGACUUUGCAGACCAUCUUCAGUUCAUCUCAAAUUGUAGGAUUACAAACAGUUUUAUCCUUUUUUCACAAAGGAGGAAGAGAAGUUUAGUUAUCUGGACAAACUACCACAAAUCCUCUGAUCUGUUUCAGGAUCUGUAUGAAGGCUCAGAGUCUGAGUGAAUCCUGGAUUUUAAGAUUCUCAUCAAGACUUUAAAUUCAAAAUGGACAAAAAGGACCCACAAGCAGCAGGAUUUCAAACUCUGAACUCAGAGUCAGCAAGCUUUUGACUUCUUUCAGUUGCUAUAAAUCAGAGUUUAUGCUGGUUGUGGAGCAUCUGAUCAUCACUUUACAGGCAACAGUCUCAACAGAGAGGACAGAGGAGUGAAGGAGGUGAGGAGUGAGCACGUCUUCAGUGUUUUUCACAGUUAAAUUCUGGACAACUGAAGGACAAACAAACAGCAAAAAGUUGGAUCAUGUAUUCUUCACAAAGAAAGAAGUAAAGUUCAGUCGUGCUUCGUUUUCUGACAACAAAGAUCUGAACGUUAAAAUCCUGGUUUGGAACCUGCAAGAAGCAAGAAGCAAGCUGCUCGUGGACUUUAGACCUGUGGUGGCUGGAUUACAAGCUUUUACUUUAACCUUUAAAAGACAGACGCAGGCCAACCCUUCGGAUGCUGGUCUCUCCGGCAUCCCGUGAGUCUUCCACUGAGAACACCGUCUGCUGAAUGACUGCCGAGUCCUGCAGAGAGAAGCACGACGGCUCGGACGCCGCUGCAGCUGCAGGACCGGGAGGCGGCCCUGAAGAGGAAACUGCAGGGUCUCGGCACGGUCGCGUUCUUAGGGGAGCUGCGCAGACCGGCUUCAGGAGCCACGUAAAGGACUCGAUCCGUCAAACAUCAAGGACGCUUCUGUUCGCGGCAUCAGGAAACAUCAGGAAACGUUUCUGCAUCUUCUCUUCUUGUUCGACGCUCCUGCAGAAACUCUUCUCCGGCGUCGCAGAGCUCCCUCGCUGAAGGAUAUUUUCCUGUUUGGAUAUUUUGUUUUCCAAAUCCAAAACGCUCUUCUGUCGGAUGUUUUGACGUUUGUGCUCUGUGAUGACCACAGAAACUGCAGACGCCACGAGGAGGUGACGUGAGGACGGCGUCGCAGGGAAGUCCAGCCUGCUGCGAGUGUGUGUGUGUGUGUGUGAGUGAAGCUGGAUGCAUGCUCGUGCAUCUGUGUGUGUCGUGUUUUUGAGUGUGUGUGUCCAGAUGCCACACGGCGCUGCGGACGGGUCCAGACACCCACAUCACACGCCGCGAUGGCGACUCGGCCGCAGAGUUAUUUUCUGUUGCUCAACGUUUGUUGACUCGCUGUCGGGAGAAUAAAUCAAGCAGUCAGAUAUGGAAAGACGAGAUUUCAGCACGAGCAAAAUAAAUUUCCAAAUACUUCUUGCGGAGACGCUGCAGAGGGAAGCAGGAGGUCGGACCCGUCGACUCGGUCUGGAACGUGCUGCUCUGAUUGGAUGACUGCUCUUCUUCUGCUGUUUUUUUUUGUGUGUGUUUCAAGUCCUUUCAGUCCAAACAUUCGACUCUUCAGUGAGACCAGACAGACUGUGGAGCUUCAGACAUGCAGACACACGGAACAUCUGGGUUCUAACUGGUGUAGCGACAUAUGCCGACGAUAUACUUCAUUAUUUUCUAACACUAAUUUCCUUCAUCAAAGAUCGGAACUGACAGAUUAACAAAGUUUCAUGGAGAAAAUGAGGUUUAAUCGUAAACUCCUUUAAUAGGAACUCAAGUAUUUUUUCUCCUUUCUGUUCUACUUGCAGUUUUUUAGGGGUUAUUUAACAUUUUUAAACAAUAAUUUAAAAAACAUUUUGGGUUUUUUUUGGUACAAAAUAUUAUUUUUAAGCCAAACUUUCCAGACCCCGGAGCUCUGCAGCUUCUGUCUUCAGUUGGACCACUUUUUUGCAGACUAUUCAGAAGGCGCUUUUUGGCAGAGAAGGUUUCCGUAAAGAGUCCACCACCACCAUGCUGCCUGGAGGACUGGCGUCAGGUGGAGGGGGCCGCGGCGGCGGGCUGUGCCUGCUCCGGUGGCUGGGCCUCAGGCUGUGGUCCCGUCGGGGGACGCUGGUGUUCGCAUUGCUCUGGUUUGGCUCCUGGUUGUUCCUGAACGGCCUGGUUCUGGUGCACAGGAGCAUCCUGUCGGACUACUGCACCGACGACAAGAGCAAGAGGAUCCUGCAGAGAUUGUGCCUGGAGUUCGGCGAGGGCGCGGUGACGGGCGACAUGUGCGAGGAUCUGUGUGUGCUCGGCCUCGUCGAGUACAAGCGCUGCCUCUACUACGAGAACGGGAAGAAGGUGAUCGAGGCGCGCUGGAGAGGAAACCCCGUCAUCCUCAAGUCCAAACUGGAGAAUUUCUCCUCCUACGAGCCACUGGGAAUACUGGACUAUCAGGACACGGCAGAGGAGCUCUCGCCUCUCGAUGUGGUUUUCUACGCAACUCUGGAGGUGCGGAACUCUCUGGGGCUGGCUGAGGAGGAUGAGGAUGAGGAAGGUGGAGGAGGAAGCAACAGCUCUCUGGCCAGACUUUGGGGGAAGAAGCUGAAGAACAGAGACAAGAGCUACACCCGAGCGGAGCUGGCCUCACUCUGGUCUCUGCUGCAGCAGGAGGAGUACACCUUUCUCAGAGUCCUGCAGGACCUCAGCACCCACGUGGCCAAGGUGUUGGGUUCCUGUGGUCACUUCUACGCCGUGGAGUAUCUGUCCGCUGGACACGCCUGGGACCAGAACAUCUUCUCCCUGGAGGAGGUGGCCGUUUCCGGGCUGCGGGGUCAGGGCCGAGCCGGACCCGGAGCCCAGUGGAGGUGGACCGCCAGGGAGAUGGUGCAUCGCAUCGCGCUGAGUUUUCUGGACAUGGUGUGGCACUUUGACAAUGACUUCACCCACAAACUGCACCUGUGUGACAUCAAACCGGAGAACUUCGCCAUCCGGAAGGACCUGACAGUCGUAGCCAUCGACGUGGACAUGGCGUUCUUUGAGCCGAAGAUGAGGGACAUCCUGGACCAGAACUGCAGCAGCGACGACGACUGUAACUUCUUCGACUGUUCGUCCAGGUGCAACCUGAACAAACGCAGGUGCAGCCCCCGCCGCCGCAACACCAACCUGCAGGUGAUUUGUGAGAAGAUCUUCCGGCCGUGGUUUUCUCCCACGCUGCUCGGGGCCAAAGCAGGACUCCCACUGCAGGUGGAGCUGCAGCGAGCCGUGCAGGAGUGCUCCGAAACAGAAGGAGGCGUGGAUGAGCGAGAGGAGGAUGGAGGUGGAGGAGGAGAGACGGGUCGGGGCCGGGGGGUCCAUCAGCGUCUCCUCAACAUCCUCACCCGCCUCCUCCAGGAGGGCGGGGCUUCAGGGGAAGGAGGAGGGGCCUGGGAGGGGAAAGGCCGCAUCCACACGGCGCUGAACUUCUGAGGAGGUGAAGACCACCAGAGACCUCCUGCAGAGGAGGGAGGUCUUUGAGGAGAUGAAGACCACCAGAGGCUCAGUUUUCAGGCCCAAAAGACCAGAAGACCUAAUACAGACCAUCUCUGACACAUAUCCAGGAUUAUAUCUGGUCAAACAGGAACUAUAAAUAUAUAUGACAUGGCCAAAAGUAUGUGGACGCCCCUCUCUAUGUGUACUUUUGGUCUGUUGAAGUUCCAGUGAAGGAGAUUCUUAAUGCUGCAGCACACAGUGACAUCAGUCUUUCAUCAUCACAAUGUGAACAAAGCAGCUCCAUAAACGGUUUCCCAGUCUGGUGUAGUCCAUCUGGACUGGUCUCACAGAGUCCUGACCUCAGCCCCAUCCAGCAGCUGUGGGAUGAACUGGAUCACAGUCCUCAGUGGUGCUCUGGUCUCGGACUUUGGUGUUUUUCUUUGGGACUUCUUCACGGUUAUGACUCAGUCGAUUUUGUUUGGGACUGUUUGGAUUUCUGUUAUUUCAAGUAUUUGAUAAACGUGUUGAAUGUGUUGUGACUGGAAAGAAUCACUUGUUUCAUCACAGUGAUCCUGGAAACAUCCGGACCAGGACUGGAGUGAGAGAGCUCAUUGAAGCCUGACGUCUUGUGGUCAGAGGGGUCCAUUAUAGGUCCAGUGUUCGUGGAUCCUCUCUGACUUUAUUCUUAUUUCUGAGUCCAGUUAGUCUCAGUGAGAUUUACACACCUCAGAUGCAGAUGAGAUGUCGUGAUGUAGUAAAUGUAUUAAUGGAUAAUUAUAUCAGUAA